ACGAGCGACACUUUUGGCUCUGCCUGUGACAGAGUGUGUAUCGGGGCGCGCUGCGUGUGCGUGCAUGUGUGUGUGUGUGAGAGAGAGAGAGACUGAGCGAGAGAGACAGAGAGAGAGUGUGUGUGAGUGUGUAUUUGUGUGUGUGUGUGUGUAUGUCUUCUGGCCGAGCUUCUCUGCAGCUGCGACUCUUCAAUGGACCUCAUUGUCGCGGUGUCGCGCUCGUAGGCGUGCGGGAACCUCGCGUGCAGAAACCUUGCGUGCGGGAAACCUCGCGUGCGCGGCGGACGCUCCGGGUCUUGCGGUUUUGCGUUGCGCGUGGCACCGUCGGGAGCGCAGCUGUACCUGCAACACUCCUACUUCUUUUCUUUUCUUUCUUUUUUUCUUUCUUUCUUCUUGUUCUGCUGGAGAAACCAGAGAGAAGCUUUUAAACUCGGAGCACGGGAUCCUGGGGCUCUGCGUUAACACCGGGUGCACGCGCUUGGAGGUGACGGACUGACAUUCCUGAUUCAGCCGUGAUCAACAUUCACUUCUCCUGUGGUCCAUCUCAUCAAUCACUGCUGCUCCUCGUCUCCACUGCCUUUCCACACAGAGAACAAACUCCGGAGCAAACCAUCCACUGCUGGAUAUCUUGUGCCUCUUUGUCACCCCACAUCGACUUUUUCUCACCCUCGUUUUUCUCCUCCGGCCCACACCAUGAGCAGGAGGAGCUGUGGGGAAUGGAGUGGACUGACAGCACUCAGCAUGUUGGUGCUGGUCCAGUGGGCGGGCAGCUGCUGGGCCAUGACGCUGAACUCGGUUCCUCUGCGUCCAGUACCGCCGCAUCAAGCAGAGUCGAGGAUGAGGACACGGUACUCCACAGACACAAGAGGAACUGGGUGUGGAACCAGUUCUUCGUCCUGGAGGAGUACACGGGAGACGACCCUCUCUACGUCGGCAAGUUGCACUCUGAUGUGGAUAAAGGUGAAGGCAGGAUAAAGUACGUCCUCACUGGUGAAGGAGCCACCACCAUUUUCACAAUCGACGAGAACACAGGUGACAUCCACGCCACCAAACGCCUGGACCGAGAGGAGCAAGCCUACUACACACUACGUGCUCAGGCCCGCGACCGCGCCACCAACCUGCCCGUCGAACCCGAGUCCGAAUUCGUCAUCAAGGUGCAGGACAUCAAUGACAACGAGCCUCGGUUUCCUGAUGGACCGUACCAAGCGCACGUGCCCGAAAUGUCUCCAGUGGGUACGUCGGUGGUGGAGGUGAAGGCAACGGAUGCAGAUGAUCCCACAUACGGCAACAGCGCCAGAGUCGUCUACAGCAUCCUGGAAGGCCAGCCGUAUUUCUCAGUGGAACCCAAGACAGGUAUCGUGAGGACGGCGCUGCCCAACAUGGACCGCGAGGCGAGGGACCAGUACCUGCUCGUCAUCCAGGCUAAGGACAUGGGAGGCCAGAUGGGUGGCCUCUCAGGAACCACGUCCGUCACCGUCACCUUAACCGACGUGAACGAUAAUCCUCCACGCUUUUCACGAAAAUCCUAUCAGUUCAGCGUGCCCGAGUCGCUGCCUGUGGCUUCCGUGGUGGCCAAGAUAAAGGCCUUGGAUGCAGACGUGGGCCCCAACGCUGAGAUGGAGUACAGAAUUAUCGAAGGAGACGGCCUCGGGGUUUUCAGGGUCGAGCCAGACAAAGACACUCAGGAAGGAGUCAUAACUCUGCUGAAGGGUCUUGACUUUGAAACAAAGUCGAGUUACACUCUAAAAAUCGAAGCGUCUAACAAACACAUGGAUCCUCGCUUCCGAGCGCAGGGGCCGUUCAGCGACACGGCGAUGGUCAGGCUGGUGGUGGAGAACGUGGACGAGCCGCCGGUUUUCUCCACGCCCGUCAGCAGGAUGGUGGUCUCCGAGGCGGCUAAAGUGGGCACCAUCAUCGGCACGGUUUCCGCCAUGGACCCCGACUCCACUAACAGCCCCAUCAGGUACUCGAUAGACCGGAACACUGAUCUGGAGCGUUUCUUCAACAUCGAAGCUGCGACUGGAAUCAUCAGCACGGCCAAGCCUUUAGACCGAGAGAUGAAUGCGGUGCACAACAUCACCAUCCUCGCCAUUGAAAGCCUGGACCCAUCGCAGGUGGGGAAAGGAAUCACGCUCAUCACGGUGAUGGACGUCAAUGAUAACGCUCCUGUCUUCGCCAUAGAGUACGAGACGUUCCUGUGCGAGACCGCUGGACCAGGCCAGGUGAUCGAGACAGUGAGCGCGGUGGAUAAAGACGAGCCUCCCAGCGGCCAUCGCUUCUUCUUCUCCCUGACUGCAGAGGCUGCUGGGAACCACAACUUCACCCUGCGGGACAACAAAGAUAACACAGCAUCCAUCCUGACUAAGCGCGGAGGAUUUCACAGGCGAGAGCAGCCGCUGUACCGUCUGCCUGUGCUGAUAGUGGACAGCGGGAGUCCGUCUCUCAGCAGCACUAACACUCUGUCCAUCCGGGUGUGUGAGUGUGACUCUGAUGGAGCUCCGCAGGCCUGUGGCACCGAGGCUUUCCUCCUGACAGCCGGACUCAGCACCGGAGCACUCACAGCCAUCCUGGCCUGCAUCAUGACACUGCUCGUGCUUGUGCUGCUGAUUGUGACGGUACGGCGGAGGAAGAAAGAGCCGCUGAUUGUGGACGAUGAGCGAGACGUGCGUGAGAACAUUGUGCGCUACGAUGACGAGGGAGGCGGAGAGGAAGACACUGAGGCCUUCGACAUGGCGGCUCUGCGCCACCUCAACGCCACGCGGGAGAGUAAAACGCGCCGUGACGUGACUCCUGACAUGCCUGCCGUACCCACCCUGUACCACACCCGCCCCCCGCCGUACAAAAUGGCUCCCGAUAACGGCGUUUUCCGCGAGUUCAUAUGGGAGCGGCUGAAGGAGGCGGACGUGGACCCUUCAGCUCCACCGUAUGACUCGCUCCAGACGUAUGCCUUCGAGGGCAGCGGCUCGGCGGCGCAGUCGCUCAGCUCUCUCGAGUCGCUCAGCACCGACUCAGAGCACAACUACGACUUCUUGAGCGACUGGGGGCCACGUUUCAAAAAGCUGGCUGAUCUCUACGGCCACAGCGAAGCCAGCAACGUGUUCUCCUCCUAGCUGGAGAGUCGAUCAGUUCAACAGAAACGAAAACGAACAGUCACCGAGUGCCAAUGACUCACCAGUCCUCGAAGGAAGGCAGGAGGGACACUUUUUAUUCCAACAAAAAUGGAUGGUGGAAAAAAAAGACAACAUAAAUGAACAACCAGUGACAGAUGCCAGAAAUGGCAUGAUCCCCAAAAGAGGUGGGAGGAAGAAUAAAAAAAUAUGGAACAUUCAUGUGUGGGAGGAGAAAUAUUGGCAUCGAUUUCCCAACGAAACGUCAAUAAUCCUCUCUGAGGACAGAUUGUGGAUUCUUACAUUGUGGCACUUGGAUUUAAACCCACAAUAAGAUGCCAAGCUCAGACACAGACAGGAUCUAGCGGGGAUAAAGGGCAGAGAGGGUGGAGGCGUGCGCGAGAGUCCGUCCUGGAAUUUGUUUUGCAGUGACUUUCCGAGGCGGUGAUGAAUCAGAACAGUCCUGCCUGGCAAGCCGGCUCUGCUGCCUCGUAACCCGUGUUCUCCAACGGUAUCUCAACGUUUCUGUUCUCUCACAUAUUUCUAUGACUCACAGCUUCUUCAGCCACAAAAAAAUCAAUAUGAAUUAAGUCCUCAAAAUACUCUCGAAAGACAUAUUGCCUUGUGAGGUAAUGCAACUGUCGCAGUGUAAAAUAUCUUUCAUCUGACAUCAGGCUUUAGUUUCAUAUGAAAUAAAGCAUCAGUGUUGAUGAAAAAUAGCCAAACCACUGAUUUAGCGGGAAAAAAAGGGGUUUACGUGUACGAUAUUGCUUACUCGGGAUGAGAUUUGAGUCCUCGCAGGUGUUCUUCGGCUUCGGAAAAGUGUCUUGUUCGGUUUCUUUUGUGCAGCAGGAACAUUGAAACGGUGUGAAAUUGAAGGAUUAAACCUAUCCAUCACUCUCUCUUCUCGACUCCGAAAAACAAAUGUGUUUGUAGUGUCAGGUUCUGCCUCAUGUACUGUGUACUGUAAGUACGUUCUGGAUGAUUAUUGUGCAAGUCGUUUUUUUAUGUUUUGUUUUGUUUUGUUUUUUUUCUACCUGAGACCAGCCAAGCUGUUGCAGAUGUGAGGCGCCUCGGAACUGAAACAUUGUUAAUACACAAAAUGUCCAUUCUGUCUUACAGCUUCUCUCAUUUUCACUUGUGAACAACAGAAAUGAAAACGUGAUUUGAAACUAUGCUUUGAAAUAUUCUUCAUAUACACCAUAAUUGAGAUAUGGACUUAUUUUGUACAGUCGUAAAGUAAAUAAAAAAAAAUGCACAGCU